AUGAAGUAUGUGAAUGGGUUACAAAUAGCCUCGAGUAUAGUGAGGGGUGAUUUGUCUGAGUUAUGCCCUGAGGUUAGAAUCAAAUGUAAAAUAGUCAAAACUAACCCCGUCAAGAGGCAAAAGUUAUCGCAGGAGUCUGUUGACUUACCUCAGGAACGUGAGUAUAUUCUCUUUAAACCCUUUAAUCAUGACUUGGAACUGGCGAAAUUAUACCUUAAAGAGUCGCCAAACUGCGUUGAAAUCUUCUCACUCCUCGAUUCCAACAACUUAAUCGUCAAAACCAAAGCCAUCUCAAUGCUCCUACACAUUCUCAACCAUUUCUCAUUUCUAAGCGAUAAUUUAGUAAGUACUGAGGGACUGGAAACUUCUGUAAAUUCUAACUCGAAAACUUCUGCGGAACUGAGUAAAAAGAAGUUAGUGGCGAGAGUAUUAAAAUUGUUUAAGGAGCGGAUUGAUGAGAUAUUUCUGAAUGACGACGUGAUCAUAAAUUACAGUUUAAAAUUACUCCUGGAAUGUGUUAAGUGUGUGGAUCCCAGCGGUUUGACGGAGUUUUUGUCAAAUUUUAACUUUUUCGAUUACUUAACCAAAUGUCAUAUUUUCUCGCCAGACAACAAUAAUUUCAUCAAAUCUCUCCUCACACACUAUUGCGUCAUCAAAAGUAAUUCUCUUACAAAUCUCUCUGUUACAGAUCACACUGUCACUGAUUAUUCUGUUACAUAUGACAGUGUCGACACUGAUGUGAGAGAUGUUUACCAUGAGAAUGGAAAGUUAAAGUUGUGUGUGAUAUUAUUACUUGGCGUUAGAGGCGUUAAUAUAUUGAAAAAGGACUUGAUUUUGAUUAUCAAAUCACACUUAAAAGUUGAGAAACUGACCACUCAGCACACGAUUGUACGGGCACUUGUAAACAUAUUUAACACUUUAAUUAAGAUUGAAAUUAACGAUUCAAUUGAUAAAUUAGUGGGUAAUAUUAAUAAUAUAAUAAUAAUCUUGUAUAAGCAUUUGAGUAGUGAGUUUAGUGAUGAUACGAGUGUGGUGAGUCCCGAGGACUUGGACGCUUUGUUAAGAGACUUACUAAAAUUCACACAUAAAAACACAAGUUUAUGCACUAAAUUAGUCUUAAAAUAUGAUUUAAACAUUUUUAAAGCUAUUUCCAAACAACUUUACACAUUGAGUCCGGAGACAUAUAAGUCAUAUGUAAAUGCUAUGAAAUUUGUGAAUACUGACGUCAAACUCUUGGAUACUGUGGAGGAAUUUUAUGACUUUACACACGAAGUUCCAACCUGUUUCACUAAAAUUGUUAUUAACAAAUUGCUUACAAAUUUGAAAAUUGCUAAUCCAUUAAUCAAACUAUUGAUUAAAAUUAAUUCCUUACCCGAUUUCAACCUACUCCUCAAACUCAUAAACACUCACACUACAGACGGAAAUAACAAUAGUAUUAUCGAUAGUAAUAGCAGUGAUGGUAAUGGUGUGAAUGUGGAUUUGAGUGGUGUGUUGGAAUUGUUAUCUCGAUUUGAGGGUGUAAAAUCGAUAUUUGAUCCCCUGAGAUUAUUCAAAUAUUCAUCAAUUUCAGCCAAUUACGACAUUGUAACUGAGUUUUUUAGCUCCGGCGGGACUGAUAACACUGGCAACUUUGUGGCCACUGAUAGAAUUAAUUUGGACAAGAGUCUAAUGAAGUGUAUAUAUAAUUUAAGUUUAAAGGAUAAUAUAAUACUUGGCAAAUUACACUACAAAUCCCUCAGUAUACUAUUACAACGUUAUAUCCAGACUCUACACACUGGGAACUACGGCACUGGGAACUACGGCACAGAUGACUACACCAUUGCCGACUACAACUUACAGUUGUUAUCUUAUGUUAAGGCAAUUUUAAAUAAUUUGAUCCAGAGUGAUUGGACUGAGAUUUACAUUACAAACUUAACAGACACAAAUUUAUUCAUUAUUCUGUACCACUUACUGCUGACACAUAAUCUGCAGCUGAUUUACCCUACUGAUACCAGUGACACUGUAAAUGUUUACUCUUGUGUUAAAUGUGUUUUGGGCUGUUAUUUUAAGGGUGACUUGUACUUGCUAAUGUUAUUAACGCUGUUGACGCAGUUGAGACUGGGGUUACAGAGUGCCAGAGUCACCUGUUCAAAGUGUAAUUCCACCAGCACAAACCUGGUAAAAUCAAUUUCAGAUGAUAAAUUACACGAAAAACCAAAUGACUGGGAAACCGUACUGGAAACUUAUAUCCUCAAAGUCUUGGCAAAUGUACUCUCAAUUCCAUCACACACUACCACACAAUUAGCUAUUGUGUUAUCACAUUAUAACAUACAAAUUCAACCCAUUCCAUACCAUUUCAACAGUAAUUCUGUUGAUAGGGCAGAUAGGGUUGAUAGGGGAUAUAAUGUUACAAAUGAGCGUAAAGUUGACCAAAUGUACAAAUGUCAAGAUAAUAACACUGUAGAGAAUGUGGACACUGUGGAGAAUGUGGAAAAUGUGGAAAAUGUGGAAAAUGUGGAGUGGAAUAUGUUGAGGGGUCAAAUGUUAAAUUCAUUAAUUAAUGAUGCCUUGGAUAAAAAUUCGCUUGUAAAGUGCGCAAAACAGUUCAAUAAUACAAGCACAAAUUAUUAUAUACAAACACUAAUCUACACACAUGAAAUUAGCUUAUCCUAGUCUCGAUCCUAAAAUCAUCGUCCGAAUUCCCUCCCACUUCUCCCGAGCCUUCUUCAUUAUCAGAGUCACUAGAUUCUCCAACAUCAGCUCGAGUAUCUUUAUCAAGUUGGACAGUGAUGGAGGCCACGAGGUUCCCCUCUUCGUCAACGCACUUACACAUAAUCUCGCUAGUAUUUA